AUGGGCAUCGACUGGAUACAAAGUUUUAACCUUUGGGACACACCAAUUUCAGCUUGGUGUCGCCAAAUAUCAACCGACGAAUACUUAUCUAACCUGAGAAACAAGUAUCAAACAGUUUUCGACAACAGCAGUUUAGGUCUCUGCACCAAAACUAAAGUCCACAUUAAACUUCUACCAGAUGCAAAAGAAGUUUUCAUUGCAAAACGUCCAGUUCCAUACACCGUACGAGCAGAUAUCGAAACAGAGCUAGAUAGACUUGAAAAAGCAAAUAUCCUCACACCAGUCAAUUCUUCGAAAUUCGCAGCGUCAAUAGUCGUGAGCAGAAAGAACGGUAAAAUCAGAAUUUGUGCAGGCUACUCUACGGGCCUCAACAAUUCAAUUGAACCAAACCAAUACCCUUUGCCCACUGCCGAAGAAAUUCUUGCCGACUGUCACAAUUGCAUGAUAUUCACACAUUUAGAUAUCUCCGACGCAUACCUUCAAGUGGAAAUCGACGAUCAAAGUAAGGACUUACUUACAAUAAACACCCACAAGGGUUUAUACAAAUUUAAUCGCCUCACUCCAGGAAUCAAAUCCGCACCAGGAGCCUUUCAGCGAAUCAUGGAUGAGCUAUGCACAGGCAUCCAAGGAGCUCGAGCAUACAUAGACGACAUAGUCUUGGCGAGUACAUCACUAAAUGAUCAGAAGACUAAUCUUAACCUGUUAUUACAGAAAAUACAAGAUUAUAGUUUUAAACUCAAAUUCGAAAAAUGCCAAUUUUUCAAACCAUCAAUCAAGUAUCUUGGUCAAAUCAUUGAUAAGGACGGCAUACGACCCGAUCCAGACAAAAUUCUUGCAAUACAGAAUAUAAAGGUCCCAGAAAAUAUUUCUCAGGUGCGAUCUUUACUCGGUUCCAUAAACUACUAUGGAAAAUAUGUCAACAACAUGAGGAAAAUCAGGAAACCACUAGAUGACCUCUUAAAAAAGGAACACAAGGUCCAAAGAGUGUCAACAGUCUCUAGACGAAUGUAA